AGCUUGGUUACAAUCCAGUAGCAUGGAUUGUGGCAACUUCUGUGUUGACAAGUUGCUCCUGGUGCUGACUCAUGGCUGCUGUAGUGGAGACAAGUUUGGCUUCCUAGCAACAUCUGCAUCCAGCACAGAUUCACGGGUGAGUUUGAGCCCAGUACAAGACCUGGCGCCAUCAGCAGCUACAUCGUGAACUGGCCUGAAGCAGACUUGCAAUCGAGGAGUCAAGUUUGGGUCACCAGUGUCAGUAGUGGUGUCUGCAUUGGUAAGGUCCAUUUGAGGACUCACAGUGGCAUGACAAUCACAUCAAGGUGUGGUGUGGUGACCCUCAGCUUAAACCACCACCAGUUUUCUCUGCCAAACAGAGACAUGCACGAGAAUCAGAGGCCCUGUAUGCUUUGCCAUCAUCUUAGAAAGAGAGCACCGCUGCUACAUUUCCAUCUGCCUAGAGUAUGAAAAAGUGUGGAUUUUAGAAUAAAACAUUAAUUCAGCUGGAACACUCCUUGCUGAGCCACAAAAGUCAACUGAAAAUUUUAAAAAACUUGAAGGCAAACUUCGCACUAUUUUAAUACAGUUUUGUUAUUGAAGGUGAUGGUGCACCCUAAAGGCCUCCCAGUGGACACUAUGUGCUUCCCCUCAAUGCACAAUGAAGCGUGGACAUAGCCAUGGAAGAGGGGCAAACGGGUACUACAAGCGCCUCCAUAGACCUACAAGCCUCGAGACCUGUUGAUGGCUACUUUGAACAAGACCAAGAGGAGGUUCUCCUAUCUGAUCUUACCCUCAGCCCCACCCCCCGCCAACUCCAUCCACAAACACACAAUCUCAUGGAGCGGGAAGCUCGGGGUGAAGUGGCGCCAACGUUUUAAACGGAGCCCCUUUUAAGACAUUAAACAGUGGCUGAAAAUGAAGACACUCAAUCAUGAAAACCUCCCCCCCCCCCACCCAGGCUACUAAAACUACAUGUGGCUGGGUACCCAGUGGAACCUAAAUUGCCAUUCUAUGGGACUGCUGCGUGUAACACUCUCCACUCCAAAGCCCCGAUGGAAAAGGGAAGGAGCCCUUUUAUAGUCAUCCCUCCAGUGGGGCUCUCCACCGUUGGAAUGUAGGGCACGUCCAAGCGGCUGACGAGGUGAAGAAGUGAAGGCUGUGCAGCAACAGCCCAGAAUUGAAGGAAAUGAGUUGAAACCCUGACAUUCUCCAGUGGAGUUAGGCGGUGCUUGCUGGUAAGAGACUGCCGGGAUAGUGGAGGACCGCAAUUUGCCUCCCAAAGCCGUGGAAAGACUGGGCUGUGAUCCAGGUGUACAUCUGUGUGUGUGUUAACUGGGUUCGCUCACUCACUUUCUCUCUGGGCAGAAAUGAGCAGAGCUGCGCUCCUGUCUCUGAUCCUUGCCUUACUUAUCGGAACCUCCAGCCAAGAUGAAAAAGGGCAAGAACUGAAAGUGGAAGUCUUGCUGAAACCCGAAGGCUGUCCUGAGCUGUCGGCAUUUGGAGACACUCUUCACAUCCACUACACUGGGAAGCUGGAAGAUGGAACCUUGUUUGAUAAUUCUUUAAUCCGGGAUCCUCUGGUGGUUGAGCUUGGCAAAAAGCAGGUUAUUCCAGGUUUGGAACAGGGUCUCCUUGAUAUGUGUGUUGGAGAGAAGAGGAAGUUAACAAUUCCAUCUAACCUUGCGUAUGGGAAACGAGGCUUUCCACCCUCCAUUCCAGGAGAUUCUGUAUUGUUGUUUGAGACAGAGUUGAUUAGUUUGGUGAAGUCAACAUACUGGAAGAAAAUGAUGGACAAUGUAAUUCCAAUCGCCUGCGUGCUGCUGGUCCCUGGACUUUUGUGUCUAAUAGGCUAUUAUCUCUAUCUAAAAGCAAAUGCGCCACAAAUCUCCAAAAGGAAACUUAAAGAGGAGAAAAAGAGCAAAGCAAAAAAUAAAUAAGUUUUCUGCAAAAUU